AUGGCGCCGUGGGAGGAUUUCAAUCAUAUUUUCAGCUUCAACAAGAAAUAUCAUUAUGAUGCCAAGGUAACUGAACAAAUCAACUCCAACCGUCGUGCGCUUGAGAACCAUCUCUUCGCCGAUCGACUGUUGGGGCUACUCGGUGUCAAAGGAGUGACCAAGGUCUAUCCUCCCAAGACCAAUGCCGACUUGCGAUCACUCAUCGAUCACAUCAUUUCCUCCGAGCUUGACAUUCAUCAUAAGCAAGCCUUGAUCUACUACCUUCUCAAGGACUGUCGCGCGGCACCAGAUGCAGCCGCUCAGUUUGCGCGAUCAUGUCACUUGCCAGAGAAAUAUCGUCUCUUUAUCGAAGGUGUAUGGCAUAUGGAUCGGCUUGAGUUCCGGCGCGCAAUCGAAUACCUAGCCGAGCCUUCGCUCAUUCCUACCUUUCCCGAUGAAAUCCUCUAUAUCCUCACUCUGACACAACUUCCCAAACAUGAUGACGCUCUCGCGAUCGCAUACUACCUCAGUGCUGCGCCGCCUCUGGCAACCGAAAAGGUGCAGCGAUCCUUCUACGAGACCUUAUGUCGUUCCAAUGUCACUGAAGCAUUCUACUUCUCACGAAAAUACGACGAAUCCCAGCGACACAGUUACUUUGUGCAGCUGGUUGAGUUCAUUCACAAAACUCCGGCUGGUCAAACACGCAGUAAGCGUGCGAUGGAAUUGGUCGGCCUACCGCUAGAUGAAGAUGAAGAGGAUUGGUUAGAGGAGGCUUUACUCCGCGGGAGUGCCAAUACCUUCCCCGGUGCCAAGGACACUUUGAUGAUGCGGCGCCUGGCGACAGGCAGAGUUGACGGUUUGUCCGCAGAACUCGAGGCAUUGGGCGGCAAAAAGGUGGACGGACUUAAUUGGGACGAUCUACGUCAGAGCAUGCGGUACGCGCGACCUAGUGGUACCCAUUUGGAAUGA